CCUCGUGCCCCAACUGCUAGUUUAUAAGAUUGUUUUUAUACAAAAAAUACCAAAAAAUACCAAAAAAAAAGGAAAAAAACAUUCCCACUUGAAGCAUGCAUAUAUAAAUAUGAGAGUGGCUGAAGUUGGAAUUUCCAUCAAAAUUUUCUGGUUCUCGAAUUUCCUUUCUGCAACCAAAACCACCAAAAUGGGGUUCUUCAAUUUCUAUCGCAGCUUUAGAAAAAAGUCCCCAACACGAAAGGAAAUCCAAAAGCCACCAAGCUUUCAGACUAGAAGUAGUUUUCAGGAUGAAACGAGGCGGAUUUUCGAUAAGUUCGACACCAAUGGCGAUGGAAAGAUUUCCCUGGAGGAGUACAAGCAAGCCCUCAAAGUCCUCGGAGGAGGCGCCACCACCACCGCCGAGGCUGCAAAGUCGUUCCGGGUGGCGGACGCAGACGGGGAUGGGUUCAUCGACUUGGAGGAGUUCAGCAAAGUGUACAGCAGCGACGGAGGAGCCAAGAGUGGGGAUAUCCAGGCGGCGUUUAGGGUUUUCGACACUGACGGGGACGGGAAAAUCAGCGCGGAGGAAUUGAUGGAGGUGCUGAAGAGGAUGGGGGAGAGGUGCAGUUUGGAGGGGUGCAAGAGAAUGAUAAGAGGAGUGGACGGAGACGGAGAUGGGCUGAUUGAUAUGGAUGAGUUCAUCAACAUGAUGAAACAAUCCAUGAAAAAUUAAGUAUCAUUUUCUGCCAAAAGGCUAUCGUCCUUUUUUUUUUUUUUUAAAUCACAAUAUUGCAUGAAUAAAAUUUAACUAUGUUACGACAAAGUUUUUAAUUUUGAGAACAUUUAUUAAGUUGUUUUACCUUUCUCGGGAAAUUGAAUGAUUAGGGAAGAAUUUGUAAUACAAAAUAGGGUUUAGAAGUAGUUUUGAUUCCG